GAUGGGAUGAGUAUAAAAGGGGCUCCUGUCCUGUACAGAAAGCUCAUGUAUCCAGCAAACAUGGGGGCCCCGCUGAGACCCCUCCUGCUGCUCUGCCUUUGCCUAGCGGCACAUUCCCUCUCAUUGCCCAGAAUACCCAUGACGGACAUGGAGGUAUCGGCCAUGGCGAUGGUCAGCACCGAAUACUACAACAGAGGAUCCAGUGACAACUCUGUCUUUCAGCUCUUCGAAUCUGAUAUUAACUACUUUACGAAUGGCUCUGAUGCGCAGAUACAGUUCACUAUAAAGGAGACUGGGUGCCAGAAAUCAGACAACCAGGUCGUACAGGAAUGUGACUUCCUUGAGAAUGGGGUAAUGAAAAGGUGCACCUCUAGCUUCUUCCCAGAGGAUGAGCUCCCAGCCAUUGUCAUAACCUGUGAUGCCGUCCAGAAUGCUCCUAUUCGUGUAAGAAGAUCAAGAAAUGGAGGCCGCGGUGGUGGAGGUCGAGGUGGUGGUCGUGGCGGUGGCGGAAGUCGUGGUGGUGGAAGCCGUGGUGGUGGUGGAAGAAGUGGCUCUGGAUCUUCCAUUGCUGGAGGUGGUGGAGGCCGUAUGAAUGGAUAUGCAUAAAGUGCCUUCCUCUGAAUGAAGCUCUUCCAUGGGUGCUAUUGGCUGCUCCAGAUGAUGCAAUGCUCCCACAAAGGUUCAGGGCCAAAUGUUGCCUCUUCCUUGUGUACUUCUCUACAUUGAAUGCAAUAAAAGAGCAGUUUUAAAUUGG